AUGUAUGCCUUGACACCUACCUGUUCGAACAUAUCGGAAAAUGAAGCUUGUAAUGUCACCUCCGACCUAAAUAAAGGAAAGAUACAAUAUGUUUAUGUUAAUAAUACUACACAAUUUGAACUGUUUGGUGAGGGUGCCGCUAAUACAUUGAUUAGCAAUGUAUCUGAUGAUUUGACAACAAGUCGAGAGAGCACGUUCCAAUUAACAAAUGAACCAUCACUGGAUUUACAAUCCGCUGUCAAAUUCUUAUCAAGACAAAAAGGUAUGUGGAAUAUGAAUAUCAAGCCACUUUGCUGCGGGCUAUGGCAUCGAAUUAUAUGUGUGACACUUGUGGACAUUAAAAUCGAUUUGAGUGACUUUGUGGAAUUGGUUGAGCCGAAUAAAAAGAGUAUUAGUAUUAUUGAUGGACAUUUAUCUGAUUCACAAAUGAGCUACAAAAUCGAUAAUUUUGAACUACCUGCUGCAGACCUACGCGAAUUAUUAUCAAGUAAUAAUUUAUUUAAUGAUCUGAUACUUAAUGCACAUUUCACAUAACAUCUACAAUGGUGGAUGGAGUUUUGGCACUUGACACACUAAUAACCAACAGACUUCUAGCACAAUUUUAUUCAAGUACAAAUCUAUUUAGAGUCCAAUGGUUCAACUAUCGUAUUGUACUAUUUUCCAUUCAUUAUUCACAACACUGGUAUUUGUACAUAAUCGACUUUACGAAAAAGACAAUCGUUCAAUUCGACUCAAUGCCUUCUUACAAUGUGCCUAGAGACGAACAUCUAAACAAACUUAUGCAACUGAUUAACGCACAUUUGUACUUAAAACAUGCAAAUAAUAUCGAUUUCAACCAAUGGGCAUUCGCAACAUAUCCUCGUAGUAUUUAAACAACAACAGGACUCGACAUCCUGCGGAGUACACUGUGCAAUUAUAGUACGUUCCUAUUGCACGCAAGCGUACUAUCCUCCGAUCACAAAAACUACAGGUACUUUAUUGUACUCGAGAUCAUUCAAAGAGGUGCUCUCUUUCCGUAUGUUUAAAAUCAAUUGCAGUUCAAUGGUGCUCCUCUCUCUGUUGUGUCUUCUGUUCGUUGUCUUUGUGCUCUUGUUUCGCAUGAUCUUAGGUGGAGUGAGCUUGCCAGGAACAUGGCUCUUGUUUGUCGGCGUAAGUUGAGUGCAUUGAGUCCUGUGUUUGGAUUAGUUCCAUCAGAGGUUCGGCAUCGGAUCUAUAUUUCUUAUAUUCUUCCUAAAAUGAAUUAGUGUUGUGCCUUGUAUGAUAGUUCUUUUUCUCUCUCUAUUCUUGACUCUGUGAAUAAACUUGCUUCUCGUGUUAUUUCUCGCAAUUUUGACUAUCGUUCUUCUAGUUCUCUACUUGUGUCUCAACUUUCUUUUUCAAAUCUAUCUCUUCGUCAGAAAUACUUUAUACUUCUACAGUUUUUCAAAAUUUAUCAUCAUCUAACGAGGGAACAUAUUUGAGUGACCGCCCCCCUAGAAAAGAGACCAGCCCAAGCCAGACCGGUAGACCAAUUUAAACACAAAACCAAAAAAAUAAUAAUUAAAACC